CCCGCCUUCCUCCAUUAGAUCAGCUGCAAAAUAAAAUUCCUCUGUCGGCGUUCAUCUUUUUUUAUCCUUUUCAAAGUUAAUGGUCUUAUAAGACCCCGCCUCUAAUAUUGCGAAAUGACCUCUCUCAGACAGAUUACGAGGAGCGCACCUUCGCCGGCUUUCUUAGGAGCACCUUCGCUCGCCACUUAUUCUUAUGGCAGAUCUCCGGCCUACAGGCGGUUAUUAGAGAACGCCGCUGAAAUCUCCAGACCGGCAAGCAAAAAUGUAGCGCCACUAAAGUUUUCUCGAGUUCCCUCAUUAUCACACCCCUCACUUCGAUCACCCUUCGUUCCCGAGACCAUAGCUACUUUACAAUCCCGAGCUUUCCACCAAACGUCACCAUGGUACCAGGAGCCGCAACAAGCCGCGCAAUCCGCCAAAGCGGAUACCAAGUCUGCAGAUCCAAAAAAAGACACCGGAAAAGCUGCUCCAGGUGCGGAAUCUGAAGCAAAGGCCGGAUCGGAAGAGCAAGCAAAGCAACAAGAGGAACAGGGUAAAGAAAAUGAGGAGAAGGAGAAGAAGGAGGAGAAGAAGGAAGACUUGCCGCCACCACCACCUCAUGGCGACAAGACACCAUGGCAGGUGUUUAUGGAGACUAUGCAAACGGAGUUCAAAGCUUCCAAGGAAUGGAACGAGUCAACUAAGCAGCUUGCCGACUCUGCUCACUCUUUUACCGAAAGCGAAUCAGUCCGACGUGCGAGGCAAGCAUACGAAAAUACCACCGGCGCUGUUUCGUCGACAGCGGGCAGAGUAUUGAAGACUUCUGCAACCGCUGUCGGAAAGGGCGCGGCGUGGACAUGGGAGACUCCUGUAAUGAAAGGCGUCCGAAAGGGAGCUAAUUUGACCGGGAACAUGCUCGACAAGGCAACAAAACCCAUAAGAGAGACUGAGGCAUAUAAAAAUGUCAAGAACGUCAUCGACGACGGGAGCAGUUCUCGGUACGGUGGUUGGAUCGAGAAGGAGGAGCGAAGGAAAGCCAGAGAAUUGCGCGAGAAGCAAGCUCGUUCCAUACACGGCAACGCAGAAGAAAUGGUCGAAGAUCCAAAUGCUGGGACAAACAUUACACUCCACAAGGACGCUGCAUGGAAGGAAGCGUGGCGUGAUUUCCGAGAUCAGAACAAGUUUGUCCAGGGAAUUUUUAACAUGAAGAACGUUUAUAACGAAUCUGAGAACCCCUUAAUCACGACCGCACGAAGUAUUACUGACCGUGUUGCUGGAUUUUUCGCCGAGAACGAAACAGCGAUGGUCAUCAAGAAAUUCCGUUCUAUGGAUCCCAAUUUUCAAAUCGAGCCAUUCUUACAGGAGUUAAGAGAGUACAUAUUACCAGAGGUGCUUGACGCUUACGUCAAGGGUGAUACUGAAACGUUAAAGCUUUGGCUUUCCGCCGCUCAGUAUUCGGUGUACGAAGCUUUAACCAAACAGUAUCUUCAAGCUGGGUUGAAAUCAGAUGGCCGGAUCUUAGAUAUAAGACAUGUGGAUAUUUUGAAAGCCCGUAUGCUCGAACCUGGUGAGAUUCCGGUAUUCAUCAUCACGUGCCGGACACAGGAAGUCCACGUGUAUCGCAACGCCAAGACGAACGAGCUUGCCGCCGGUAUGGAAGACAGAGUGCAGCUUGUCACGUACGCGAUCGGUAUCACACGAACUCCCGAGGAGGUUAGUAAUCCCGAAACAAGAGGUUGGAGGUUGAUCGAAAUGCAAAAGAGCGGAAGGGAUUACAUUUGAAUGAAUCUCUUCUCUUACUUACUGAACGAUUGCGCCACGAUAUUUGUUUAUAAUACUGUACAUUACCGGCCAGGAGGCGACGGAAUCGAGACUGUAGCAGACGGUCUUAUCACACCACUCUGAAAUGGCAGCCUUGGAUUAGGGCAAAAUAGGCGUUAGGCGGCAAGAAUAGCAUGGAUGAAAUGUAUGAUAGACAAAAAGGUGCAUAUAUGGUCGGGCAUGAGAGACUGCGAUGAAUCUUAAGCAGUAUGCCGCAAUACGAUAUUCUCAAGAAAUUAGGGGGAGCUAAGUGAGACUUUCUAGCCCAACGUCUACCAGAUCGUUCAGAACGACUAUCAUGCCAUUUAUCUACGCCACAUCUUGGUAACUACCUA